AUGGCUACCCCGUCCCUCGCCCCGGUCGCUGAAACCUCCGCUCCACCCCCGCCGAGCUCGUGCCUGCGCUCGCCCACUCCGACCCCCACCUCGACCCCGCUCAAGCUUGCAACAUCCCCCUUGGCCCAAGACCCGACCUCCACCACCUCCCCUUCCCCCAUGCCCCGCCACAUCUCCCCUCCCCCAGUCCAGACCGAGGAACCGCCCGUGCGAGUCUCGGUUCGUCAGGUCCGGCCUUCGGGGAGGGUGCUCAUCCCUCCGCCCAAUUUCGGCAUGGUCGAGGAUUCGCUCUAUAGAUCAGGUCCGUCAUCGAAUCAAUCGAUAUGGGGAGGAUCCGAUGUUGGUCCAACUAAGCUAGACUUUUUGCCGCCUCAGGUCAACCCUCGGAACUGAAUUUUCCUUUUUUGGAGAAACUCGCGCUCAAGUCCAUCAUUUGGUUGGCGCCCGAGGAUCCGAAUCCGAGAUUGCAAGUACACCGACACCGAAAUCUACAAUAUCUGGCCAGCUAAACAGUAGUCCUUGCAUCCCCCACAGCCUCACCUUCCUCGAUGACCAAGGCAUCAAGCUGUAUCACCUCGGCGUAGAGAACGCGGUCAAUUACGACCCCAUCACCGAAGAAGUCGUCCUCCAAGCGCUCGACCUCGUUCUCAAUCCCGCAAACGCCCCCUUGAUGGUCAUGUGCAACUUGGGCAGGCAUAGGACCGGAACGGUCAGUCUGAUGUUUUGCUUGAUCCGAGCUUGGGCAGAGCUCAACCGAGCUGAUUCUCCGGAUGGCUGGGCUGGGAUAGGUCGUGGGGAUUUUCAGGAAGCUGCAAAGGUGGAAUCUGGCUAGUAUAUUGGAAGAGUAUCGAAGGUGAGUCGUUGUGUGCUAUCUUUGUCUCGCAGAGAACGAGUCCGCUCACUAUGUCGACCUCUAUCCUAGAUUUGCGGGUCCCAAAGUCCGCGUUCUGAACGAGCAGGUGAGGCCAAUAUCUUUCUUCUAGAUUGGGGUGGCCAGCCAAGCUGACCAUUGCUUCUCGCCAUGGCAUCACUCCCCCACCUUCCCUCAGUUUAUCGAGUUAUUCGUAAGCUAAUUGAAGCGGUCUCAAAAGCAUCAUAUCAUUGACCGUUCGUUCUCUCCCUGUGCAGGACGGCGAUCUCGUUUCGGUCCCUUUGCCGCCUUGA